AUCGACCUUCUCAGUUGCUUUCUAGCCUUCAGCUAUGAUGUGCAACCAAGCCCACAUGUUCUUCCCAGAUUUGAGCGCUGCAUGCGGACAAGUAAGAAAGAGGGCCGUGGCUUGGCAGCGUGGCUUCCAUGCCAGCAUUCUUUCUCCUAAAAUGACUUCAGUCUGCGGAAAACCUCAUCUUCAUUUUCUCUUCCCUCUUCAUAUUCUUACUCGAUCGACGGCCUCGACUACACUGUUGGGCGGUCACUAUGAGCGGGGAAGCAGCUGGUUAUUACAACGGGGGGUAUGAGCAACCUCAAGCUCAGCCCCCGCCGCAACCUGAGUAUGCAGCUCCAGAUUCGAAGAAAGAGGAAUACCCCCCUCAGUACACAGCAGGCGCGCCUCCUCCAUCGUACGAAGAAGUGUUCAAGAUCGAGAAGCCAAAAUUCAAUGAUAUAUGGGCAGGACUCUUGUUCAUCGCAAGCUUCCUGGGGUUUGUUGCAGUGUCUGGUUACACGAUCCACAGGUAUGCCAAGUACAAAGGCUUCAAUGGCGACGGUAUCUACGACUCAUCGAAUACCUUCUCGCUGGAUACCAACACACUGGUCUUGUUUGUCUUCGUCCUCUGUAUCGCCUUAGCCUUUUCCUGGGCCUACUUCCUGGGUGCUCGAUACUUCACGAAACUUUUUAUCUGGGUCACAGGCAUUCUCAACAUCGUCUUUGCCAUUGGAACUGCUAUUUACUAUCUCGUGCGACACCAAUGGGGCGCCGGUAUCGUCUUCCUGAUUUUCGGCGUCUUCGCCAUCAUAUGCUUCGUCAGCUGGAUUCCCCGCAUUCCAUUCAGCGCUCUGAUGCUGCAAACUUCCAUCGACGUCGCUCGGAGCACCGGACACGUCUUUUUCGUGAGCCUUGUCGGUAGCAUCGUGGCCGUCGCGUUCUCUGCUUGGUUCUCUGUGACGCUAGUCGCCAUCUAUGUGUCGUUUGAACCAUCCAGCAAUGGGGAUAAUCCAGCCUGUUCCAGUGGUGGCUGCAGCAGAGCCAAGGUGAUUGGUCUGAUAGUUUAUAUUACGUUCGCCAUGUACUGGUUCAGCGAGUGGCUCAAGAACACAGUUCAUACAACGAUUGCUGGUGUCUAUGGCUCGUGGUAUUACUACAGUCGGGCACCUGGCGGUCUGCCCAGAGGCGCUACUCGCGGUGCCUUCAAGCGGGCGACAACCUAUUCUUUCGGUAGCAUCAGUUUCGGAAGUCUGAUUAUUGCCUUCAUUCAUAUGCUCCGUCAGGCGUGUUCCGUGGCCCAGCAACAGGAAGCCCAGGACGGAAACAUUGUCGGGAGCAUCUUCGCCUGGAUCCUCAGUUGUUUCAUCGGGUUCCUGGACUGGCUUGUGACCUUCUUCAAUCGUUAUGCCUUCUGCCACAUCGCUUUAUACGGAAAGGCCUAUAUACCAUCCGCGAAGGACACCUGGACGAUGAUGAAGGACCGUGGAAUGGACGCUCUUGUUCAGGACUGCCUCAUCGGCCCUGUGCUGACCAUGGGCUCCGUCUUCGUUGCCUACCUCUGUGCGUUGUUCUCCUACCUGUACCUGCAAUUCACCCACCCUGCAUACAACAGUGGUGGGAACUUCACGGCAGUGAUUAUGGCUUUCUCCUUCGUUAUCGGCUUGCAGAUCUGCCAGAUCUUGCUGACGCCAAUUGGGAGCGGCGUGGACACCAUCUUCGUCGCAAUGGGAUGGGAUCCACAGGUUAUGAUGCGCGACCACCCUGACCUCUAUGAUCGAAUGGUCCAUUUGUACCCCCGAGUGCAACAGUACAUUCACGCAUAAUCAUUGGUGUUUCUCCGAUGAAAAGGGCCUGGAGCUUUUGAAAUAGCCUUGCAAAGCUCCUUAGUAUCUAUAAUAAUACCAAGAU